CCUGGUGUGGAUGGGGGCGCCAAAAUCCCAACGGACGGCUCUGCUCCUGCCAGCCCGGAAACCCUCCCGGCGGAUCCCACCCCAGCUUCAGCUCCAUCACCAAACCCGAACCCUGCUCCGCCGGCUCCUGGCCAACCGGCAAACGCGCUAAACGCGACCGGAAACUCGACUGCAACCGGUCCUGGCGAUCCACCGUCCUCCAAUACUACCAACAUCUCAGGUAGUAUAAAUGCUAACAUGACAGAUAAAGCUGGAAGUGGUGUCAAUGCUACCAUGUCAGAUAGCUCCGCAAGCAACAAUUCGACGGGCAAAGCUGGCAGUACCAAUUCGACAAUUAUCACUCCCCCUCGUCCAAACUAUACACCACCCAAAAACAACGGCAACAGCUCCUCGUCCGUGAACAAUCGGCCAACCCCACCAAGAUCAGGAGCGUCCAGGAGACAACUGAAUCCUCUUUAUCUUCAUCUGUUUGUUGUAUGCUUGACUGGUUUGAUAAUAAAUAGAUAGCAUCUUGAUUACCUGUAAUCUCUGCGAGAUUUUUUUGAUUCACUGCAUUCCUAUUAGUAUUAUUCAAUAUACACAUCUUUUCAAAUUUCUUAACAAUCUUUACUUCGCUUACGUUUCAUCUUGGCCUGGUAGUCUUUUCUAUUUCCUGUUUCUCUCCUCAAAAUCUAUCGAACUUCCUUUUUGUCGUCGCUCCCUAAACUAUAUAAACUUUUAUAACGGUCUGCUGGUCUCAUCUUUCUCGACUCUUGAAGUUUUUCUUAUCUCUGCUUGUCUGUCUCAUUUCUUAAUAGCAAAGAUUUACGGGGGAACCUGGGAACAUAUCAACCCUAAUGUUUCACAUCGUACAAUUUUUAACAAUAUUCAAUUAAUUAGUAGUCUUCUUGUCCUUCAUUAUCUAGGUUUCUUAAUUUUUGUGGCCAGUUCUGCCGUCUAUUGUUCCCGAUAGGUUUCCUUGUCUCGGAUAUAGUUUCUGUCUUACUUGCUUGAUUCUCUCUGUUUCUGUGAUCUCUCUGUUUCUGUGAUCUCUCUCUUUCUUCAAUCUCUCUUUCUUCAAUCUCUCUUUCUUCAAUCUCUCUUUUCUUCUCUGAUCUCUUCCAUUUCUUCCUGAUCUCUUCCUUAAUUUCUCAAUCUCUUGUGCUCUCUAUCUUUCCCUGUGAUCUCUAUCUCUAUCUCGCUCUUCUUUGUGAUCUCUCAUUUUCACUCUCUCAGUAUUUACUGUUGCUUUUCCUGGAUCUGCGUCUUACAGAAAUGAGUAAUAAUACACAUCAAUCAAAAAAUAAACAAGUUCGCUACCGCUUUG